AUGAUCAACUCUGAGACUGCAGCGUUGCAGAUCAACCCUGAGACUGCCGCGUUGCCGAUCAACCCUGAGACUGCCGCGUUGCAGAUCAACCCCGAGACUGUCGCGUUGCAGAUCAACCCUGAGACUGUCGCAUUGCAGAUCAACCCUGAGACUGUUGCAUUGAAAUUCAUCCAUGAGACUGACGCAUUGCAGAUCAACCAUGAGACUGUCACAUUGCAGAUCAUCCCUGAGACUGCCGCAUUGCAGAUCAUCCCUGAGACUGCCGCGUUGCUGAUCAUCCUUGAGACUGCCGCAUAGCAGAUCAUCCCUGAGACUGCCGCAUUGCAGAUCAUCCCUGAGACUGCCGCAUUGCAGAUCAUCCCUGAGACUGCCGUAUUGCAGAUCAUCCCUGAGACUGCCGCAUUGCAGAUCAUCCCUGAGACUGCCGCAUUGCAGAUCAUCCCUGAGACUGCCGUAUUGCAGAUCAUCCCUGAGACUGCCGUGUUGCGGAUCAUCCCUGAGACUGCCGCAUUGCAGAUCAUCCCUGAGACUGCCGCGUUGCAGAACAUCCCUGAGACUGCCGUGUUGCAGAUCAUCCCUGAGACUGCCGCGUUGCAGAUCAUCCCUGAGACUGCCGCGUUGCAGAUCAUCCCUGAGACUGCCGCGUUGCAGAUCAUCCCUGAGACUGCCGCGUUGCAGAUCAUCCCUGAGACUGCCGCGUUGCAGAUCAUCCCUGAGACUGCCGCGUUGCAGAUCAUCCCUGAGACUGCCGCGUUGCAGAUCAUCCCUGAGACUGCCGCGUUGCAGAUCAUCCCUGAGACUGCCGCGUUGCAGAUCAUCCCUGAGACUGCCACGUUGCAGAUCAUCCCUGAGACUGCCGCGUUGCAGAUGCUUGCUUAUCUCCUCAUCCUGUUUUUGUCCUCCUACUCCUCCUCUUCUUCACCUUUUGAUUCACCACGACUCCACCAGAGACCCUCGGCAGCCAUUUAG